CGCUCGGCCGCGGCGCUAAGACCCGGCGCGCGGCGGGCAAAGGUUCCCAGCAGGAGGCCGGACACUAGAGGGCGAUGCGCGGCGCCGCGGGGGUGUGUAUAAAUACGGCAGGCAGCGCCGCGGCAACCCACUAGCGACGGGGCAGGCAGGCAGCGAGCGGGCGGGCGGGCUGCGGCGGGGACGGCUGCGGGCUGCGGGCGCGCCGAGCCGAGCCGAGCCGAGCCGAGCCGCGGGGCCGCUCGCCGCCGGGGAGCCGCGGGGCGCCGCGGGCUCGGCGGAGCCGCCGCCGCGCCGUCCGAAACCUGGAUUGCCGGAGCCCUUCACCAUGCCCGGCGCGCUGUAGGUGCUUCAUGGAGCAAGCCAACUUCUACGAGGUGGACUCGCGGCCCCCGAUGAGCAGCGGCCAGCACCACCAGCUCCAGACUCCCCUGCCCGGCAGCGCCUACGGCUACAGAGAGGCUCCCUCGGCGGCGGCACCUGCUGCGGGCAGCGCGGAGCUCGGCGACAUCUGCGAGAACGAGAACUCCAUCGACAUCAGCGCCUACAUCGACCCGGCUGCCUUCAACGACGAGUUCCUGGCCGACCUCUUCCAGCACAGCAAGCAGCAGGAGAAAGCCAAGGCCAUCCUGGCUGGGGAUUUCGACUUCCACGGCAUGCAUGGGGCCAGCGCCGCCGCCUCGGCGCCGGGGCACCAGCAGCAGCACCACCAGCAGCCGCUCUUCGGCUGCAUGACCGGCUACAUGGACGGCAAGCUGGACCCGCUCUACGAGCGCAUCGCGGCACCGGGCUUGCGGCCGCUGGUGAUUAAGCAGGAGCCCCGCGAGGAGGAAGAGGUCAAGUCGGCGGCCCUGUCGGCCCUCUACCCCCACCACGCCGCGCAGCAGCACCCAUCGCACCUGCAGUACCAGAUUGCGCACUGCGCGCAGACCACCAUGCACCUCCAGCCCGGGCACCCCACGCCGCCCCCCACGCCCGUGCCCAGCCCACACCACCCGCACCACCCGCACCCCCCGGGCGGCCUGCCCGCCGCCGCCGGCGCCCUCAAGAUGCUGCCCGCCGACCACCGGAGCAAAUCGAAAAAGACAGUGGACAAGAACAGCAACGAGUACCGCGUGCGCCGGGAGCGCAACAACAUUGCGGUGCGCAAGAGCCGUGACAAGGCCAAGCAGCGCAACGUGGAGACGCAGCAGAAGGUGCUGGAGCUCACCACCGACAACGAGCGGCUGCGCAAGCGGGUGGAGCAGCUCAGCCGCGAGCUGGAGACUCUGCGGGGCAUCUUCCGGCAGCUGCCCGAGAGCUCCCUGGUGAAGGCCAUGGGCAGCUGUGCCUAGCACCGGCGCGGACUGCGGCCCGCCGCCCGCCUUGCCCCGGAGGGCUGCCGGGAGCUCUUCCCUUCCGUAGGUUUUUCCUUUUUUUUUUUUGGUUUGGAACGAUUAAUGACCGGUAAAAGAAGCCAGGCAGCUGUAGUAGUACUAAAAGGUUUGUGCCUUAGGGAUGACACACGAAUAAGCUGAAAACCGUGGUGGGUUUUGUAAGGAGGAAGGCGAAGGGAAUGAGGGGGAAAAAAAAAGCCCACAUGUCUACACAGGGUAAAAGUAAUAAUAAUAAUAAUAAUAAAGCACACAUAGCAACCCACGUUGUGCCUUAAAGCUGGCUGCAGGAGCGCUGGGGCUUUCUGCUUGCGCAGCCUGGCAGGGCUGAGGGAAGAGGGCGAGGAGCGCGGCAGGAGGGUCCGGCCGGGGGAGGCCACAGGCGAGGGACGUCGCGGGGCGCCAGGCUGGACGGGCUGCGGCGGAGAGGACUGGGCGCACGCGGACGCCCGCGCCGCACGCCGUUGUCGGUGCACCGAGGCCUGGGCGAGCUGCUGGACUGCCACCAGGACCGUCCCCCAGCUCUGCACCCUCCCAGGAGCCCCCUUUCCCCAGCGGUGGUGCGAGCCACGGACAGCCCGGGACUGCGGGGAGCAGCAGCGCGCGAGGGAGCGCGGUGACCGCCUUCCGUCAGAGCGAAGAGCAGCAGUGUCUUGUACUGUAUGUCAUGACAUGGCGAAGCACAAAUGAAUAAAUACCUAUUGAUGCGGGUAUUUACUACGAACUUCCGGUGUAUUUUGCUUUAUUCCAGGACAUUUAGCUCCUCUCCAGGUCUCUGUCUGUCCAAGCUGUGCCUCAUGUAAUGUGAAAGCCUUUCUGUGUAUACUAGCUACACUUUUAUUUUUAUUGCAUUACUUAGAUCUUUGCCAUCACACGACUUUCUUAUCUGGUGACAGAGACUAUGCCCUUGUGCUGCAAUGUUAUUUUAUUAUUUGUGCGGGUGGGUGCGAGCGUGCGUGUGUGUGUGCGGCCUCGGCCGGGGGGACGGGGCCGGCUCCGGUGCCCUGGGUGCAGCAGGCCCGCGGCCGCGGCGCAGCAGGCCCUACGCGGCACCUUGCACCUUUGGACUCUGGAGCUUCCCCCGGGCAGAGAGAGAAAAAUAAACAGACAGCACGUCCCCUCCCAGCGCGCGCCGGUGGCCAGGCGCUGCUCCUCUGUCUAACGCUGCAGCUGUCGGCUUGGAGCGGCCACCCCGGCGCAGCAGUGCAGGGUGACGCUGCGUGGAAGCGUGGCGCUGGGGCGCAGUGCUGCGUGUGUGUGCAGGGCGUGCGUGGGGCGUGCGUGGGUAUGCACAGGUACGUGUGUGUGUGUGCGCACACGCUGGUGGGGGGUUUCUGAAUUGUUUUUUUGUGGGGGGGGAACUGCAUAUAAAGUUUGUCGAAGUCCUGGUUGCAUUCAUAAAUAAACUGCAUAUAUCCCACCGUGA